UGUGACAAAAACACCCUCUCAAUUGGUAUCGUCCAGAAGCUAUAAAUACUCAGUUAAUCUGCUCGCCACCCGGUGCACUCGCUGCGCAGCUUUGGUUGCUUAGGAACGCCUGAAUGCAGGUUGCAUAAAGAUGUUGGUGGCAAAGUGAGGAAGCUGGUCAGUCUGGCUGGUUGAGGUGUAGAGGGGACGCCACAAACCACGCCAGAACUCUGACUAAUGACACUUUCACUGCCCUUGGUAAAUCUCCUCAUCUCCAUGUCUCUCCCUGGAUCAUAGCUACAAAUAUGGUGACUCUUAUAACAGAGCAACUUCGUAAGCAGAGUUUAGAAGAACCCUAUCACAAGGCCUUCUCAUUCAGUGUGAAUGUGUCAUUACCUACAGUGGGCUCCAGUCCCACUGUCUCGUGGAGUGCUCAUAAAACAACACAAGAGAGCUACACCUCAACUACACAUCCAUCAUCUGUUGCCAGUGUUUUGGAUGACUCCUGUGGACUUGAUUCACUAUGGCCUACUUCUCAAUCUGGAGAAUCACUCCAGAGACCAGAACGUCCCUUCAAGGCUUUCCAAAGUUCACCUCCGCCACCUCCAAAACGCCACUGCCGGUCCCUCUCUGUUCCAGAGGAUCUGUCUCAGUGCCGCACCACCUGGCAUCCCAGCGCAUCAAGGGUUUGGACCCCGGUGAAACGUAGCUGUCACAGUGGUGGAGCAUCUAGUUCAGGCUCUGGAGCCAGCUCUUUGCCACUUUGUGGUCCUAGUUCCUCCUUCCCCUCUUCCUCCGUACACUCAUCUGCUAGUCCUACCUUCUUUAGCUUAGCGCUAUCGUCUGACUCCCUAAUAUCAUGGGGCUUCCCAUGGGACCCCUGCGAUACACUGAAAGGAGCGUGUUCUGCAUCCUUUGCUACGCCUUCUUCGUGCUCUUCUUCACCGGCCCCGCUGACCUCACACUAUGUGCUGCAGCGUCGCUUCUCCCUCUCCCCUGUACACAUUCAGAAAUCUCCUACGGUGCCCUUGCCCCCCCAACCCUGUCCAGGUUCAGCCUUGAAAUAUGGCCGUUCUGACUUGGAGCACCCAGCGCUGUCUCAGUCUCCUACUUCAGCCUGCAGUACACCAUCCUCAUCUAGGCGUGGCCUCCACCCUGCUUUGCCACGUUGCCACUCGCAGCCCUGUGACAUGCGCAAACCUCGCUUAAAGAGGCGCCAUGACCCAGAUGUUCUGCCCUACCCAAGGCCAGUCCUCGACUUCAGCAAGAUGACACAGAUUGGUAAUCGUGAGAGCCCUGCAUAUGGACCAGGUAGCGGUUUGAUUCCAGUGACCUCACAGGUGGAACGACGUUCGGCUUUCUCUCCGGCAGAGUUUCUGGGAAGAGCCAGCAUCGGGCCGCUCAGUGAAAGUGAGGAAGAGGAAGACGAAAGGAGGCCUGCAGAUGGAGGACAAAAGAUUGUUUUUGAAAGAGACUGUACAGAAUUGGAUCUGAACCUUAUAGAAGAAAACUGAUCGCUCCUUGGUGCUCUCAGUGUUACAACUACAUCAAUAUCCAUGUUAAGCACACCUGCAGGCUUAUAUUUUUUGUCUUUUUAAUAUAACGUGCUAUUCUGGCAGUUGGUGGAAACCUGCUGCCCUCUCUAUACAAAUGUCCAGAGUUUAAAAGUAAGAUCCAAGAACCCCAUGUGGGAGGCUAAUAUCCAAUGACAUUGCUGCGAUCAUAACACUUGAGCUUGCUCACUAUUCAAAAUUGCACAAAUUUUGUUAGCGCUGGCCUGUUGAAGCACUCCUUAAGGAAAUGUGCAUGAGCGAAUAAGCAAGAUUUAAUGCGCACAGAUUUUUGACUAAUAUUUGAUAUUAAGACAAGUCUUAAUUAGCAUAAGCCACUGGUUUGCAUCUUGAUGGCCUUACAUAUCCUUAUCAAAGAACUUUAUUGCCAGAGGUUGACAGAAUGUUUCUAUUACAUGACGCACACUAAAUGCCAGUAACUGAAUGAGACAGAUUGUUGUUCAGUGCUGCUUCUGAUACUCGAGUAGACUACUUUUGUAUUUGGCUGACUGAAUUAAAUGUGAGCUGUUUAACAGUAGCUAAAAUGUUGCUGUGUGUAAGAUUUAAAAAAAAAAAAAAAAAA